GUGUAUUCGAUUGGUUCAUAAAUUUUUCCUUCUCUAUCAGCAUAAUUUAUUGGUCAAAUAAUUCAGCAUGGCUUCUUCCAUCAGCACCAAACAAAAACUUUUACAACAAAUUGAUGAUGUUGAGCUGAUAUCUAAGGAAUUAUUUGAGAUAAUGAGCACACCUAAAGGACAGCAAAGACCUGAUGCCCCAGAUACAAUGAAUCUGAUGGACCUGCUAGUCCAUAAGGAUAAAGAAAUUAAAGAAUCAUUAAAAACAGCGGCAGAACAAGCCGAGAUACAGAAAACAAUAGAUGAAUUAAAAACAGAGGUAGAUAAAAGAGAUGCCAAUAUAAAACAGUUACAGACCAGUCUAAAGGAAGCUGAAACAAUCCUGUCAACAGCUAUAUAUCAAGCCAAGAAAAAAUUGAAUGCUAUCCAGCAGGCAAACAAGAAAAAGGUGUCAUCUGAAGAGCUUAUCAAGUUUGCUCAUAGGAUCAGUGCCAGUAAUGCAGUUGCUUCACCUCCUACAUGGGCCCCAGGUGAUCCUAGAAGACCAUAUCCUACAGAUUUUGAAAUGCGAUUAGGAUUUUUAGGAAAGGGAAGUGAUAUCCCCGCUGGAGCCCAGAUGUUACAGUCACAGGGUUCAUAUGGAGAACCAAUGUCUAGUAAUAGGUCAUCAGCUAAUACAUCAAUGGAUCAUGGUCCUGGUUCACAGUCGACAACAACAUGGCAGAACACAUCAGAAUUACAUCACUCAUUAAGUUCUUCAUCAGGAAUCUUAUCAGAAAUCAAGGGACAUAACAAAGAAAAUGAAGAUGUUGGAUUUAUGUCAAGUGACUCGUCUAGUAGUAGUUCUAGUGAUGAAUGAUAUUGGAAGAACUUAAAAUGUAUUAAAUAUUAAGCCUUACAAUGUGCAGUCAGAGUUCUGUGUAAUUGUGCUUACAUUGAUGUUGUAGAGAGUAAUGCCUUUUGAAAGCAUUAAUUAUGCUCACUUUAAUGUUGUAGAGAGAACUGCCCUUUAAAAAGCACUUUUAUCUUAUAAGUAUGAGCAAGUCUAGGCUUUGUACUUGAAAAGUUCAGAUAAGUGUGUGGAGGAGAAUAGUAAAUAGAAAGGCAUCUGAACUUGAUGAGUAUGAUGAAUGAAUGUAUCAAUGUUCCUAAGAGCAGCUUUUUUUGUUUGUGACAUUGGAUAAAACAGUUAAAGAGCAAUGUGCAUUAUAUGGUUUAUACCUGUUGUAGUGUGAGAAUGAAAGAAUCAUUAUUGUAUUACUAAAAAGAAACGGCAAUGAAUGUAAUAAUUUUUUCUUGAAAAUUUGAAGAAAAAUUGCAAAAACAAAAGAGUCAAGAAAAAACAUGAUUAGUAAUUUCAAGUUAAAAAAAAAAUAUUACAGUAAUUAAAGGUAUCAACAUUUAUACUAUUUUCGAUGUUGACGCCUUAUUUUUAUAGGUUUACCUUCACAGUGCUUGUUUACAUCACUCACUGCCUAAAUGUAUGCAGUCAAUUUUAUAUAAAAACAUCUUUCAGCAUUGAACAAUUCAAACCAUAGAAGAUACGUUAAAACAGUGUUUUAGAAUAUAUUUUAGAGAUGGUUGUUAAAAAAGAGUAAAUAUAA